AUGCAAGGAAUAUGUAUAGCUGAUAUAGGAUCUUGUGGAACAGGAUUUGAUUCUGCAAGCAGUUCAGUACAAACGAAGAAAUUUCGAACAAAAGGGUCGGAACUCGCUGAUAGGAAAGGAGAGAAAAACAAAGCAAUGCCAAGAGCUCCGUCAAUCAGAUGUUCAUCGAUAGAUGAAGCUCUCUCUUUACCAUCUCGUGCCAGAUGCAACAUCUUUUUUCCUUCUCGCGAACCACGGGAGAACCUAGCGCCCAGAAGAGCAAAGCUCAUUUUCCUUUUAUUCAAUGCCUUGGAAGAAGAGGAGCGGCAAACAAAGAGAGCACUUGGCAUUGGCUCAUUUCAUGCUACGAUGUUGUCUCCCUAUCUCUUGGUUGAAGCAGGGAUGAGACCCUAUAGUCUCUAUCCAGUGCUCUUCUAG